AGAACGGGUUUUUAUUUUGUAUUUGUGUGACGUCAUAUUUGUGCGCCGCUGCCCCUUCUGAACACAUGUAUACUGCGCGAGGGAGAAUGUGCUCAGUUGAAAUUGUAAUUCUGUAACUUUAAACAAACAAACAAAUAAAUAAAUACGCUUUCUCACAAAAGGUUUGAAAAGGUGUGGCCAUGGCAGCCAACACUCUGCGGUUUAAAACAAACUAUACUGUCUCCAGCAAAAUCGAGCCGUUCUACAAGGGAGGGAAAGUACAGAUAAGCCAUGAUGAAAAGUACAUCUUUUGCACGUCUGGGCCACGAGUCAACAUUUUGCAGAUUUUCACUGGCAAAAUUGUUCACAGUAUUGAACAGGAUGAUCAGGAGGACAUCACCUCAUUCUCUCUCAGCCCUGAUGAUGAGAUACUGGUGACUGCCAGCAGGGCCCUGCUGCUGAAGCAGUGGGACUGGAAGCAAGAGAAGUGCACUCGCUCAUGGAGGGCGAUUCACAACAUGCCUGUGGCCAGCAUGACGUUCGACUGCACCUCUACUCUUUUGGCAACUGGGGGUUGUGACGGCACUAUAAAGCUGUGGGAUGUACUCAAGCAGUACUGCACACACAAUCUGAAAGGCUCGUCUGGCGUUGUCCAUUUGGUGCAGUUCCAUCCAGACAUCAGCUUGCUGCAACUCUUCUCUUCCUCUAUGGAGUGUGGAAUCCGUAUUUGGGACCUGCGCACCAGCAAGUGCAUCUGCGUUCUGGAGAGCCACUUCAGCACGGUUACAUCGCUGGCUUUUUCUCUCGAUGGCCAAACUCUGAUCAGCUCUGGCCGAGACAAAAUCUGCACUGUGUGGGAUCUGAAAGAGAGGAAAGUGAAGAGAACUGUUGCUGUGUAUGAGGCUGUGGAGGGAGUAGUCAUUCUCCCAGAAAAUGGGGAUUACUCUAAACUUGGUGUGAAAAGCAAAGAGCUACACUUUGUCACCGCUGGGAGUAAAGGUGUGCUGAGGGUAUGGGAGUCGAGCUCGGCACGGUGCGUGUUCACACAGACGCUACCAAACACUGCGGUGUCCCAGUCCACACAGGAAGACGGGGAUCCUCUUAGCUUGCUGUACUGCCUCUACCUGCCUCUUUGCAACCACCUGGCUACAGUCACCGCUGAGCACAACAUCCUGCUCUAUCAACUGCCCUGUCUCACUGUGCAGCAGCAGUUUGUGGGCUAUAAUGAUGACAUCCUGGAUGUGAGGUUCCUGGGAAAAGAGGACAGUCACAUAGUAGUGGCGACAAACAGCUCUCAGCUCAAGGUGUUUGAGCUGGCCACCAACAGCUGCCAAAUUCUCUACGGACACACAGACACUGUUCUGUCACUGGACGUGUUCAGAAAACAUUGCAUGUUUGCAAGCUGUGCCAAGGAUAAUUCUGUGCGGGUUUGGACGAUGGACCCUGUGACUGGUCAUGUACAGUGUGUGGCUCAGGGCCAUGGCCACUCCAAUGCUGUGGGCUCCAUUUCCUGCUCAAGGUUAAAGAAGGCCUUCCUGGUGUCUGGAAGUCAGGACUGCACUAUUAAAAUAUGGGAUCUGCCUGAUAUUCUUCCUGGUCUGGGCGUCGAGCCAGCACUGCUUACUGCUCGGAACACUGAGAAGGCCCAUGAUAAAGAUGUAAACAGCGUGGCUGUCUCGCCCAACGAUAAGCUACUAGCUUCUGGUUCUCAGGACCGCACUGCCAAGCUGUGGUCUCUGACUGACAUGAGUCUGCUCGGGGUGUUUCGAGGUCAUCGCAGAGGCAUCUGGUGUGUGCAGUUUUCCCCUGUGGACCAAGUGCUGGCCAGUGCCUCAGCUGAUGGUGCAAUCAAGCUCUGGGGCCUUCAAGAUUUUAGUUGCCUCAAGACGUUUGAAGGACACGAUGCCUCUGUGCUGAAGAUAAUAUUUGUCAGCCGAGGCACUCAGAUAGUUUCUGGCGGUUCUGACGGCCUUGUGAAGCUCUGGACCAUUAAGACCAAUGAGUGUGUGAAGACCUUUGAUGCACAUCAGGACAAAGUGUGGGCUCUGCAUGGCAACAGCAGCGAUGACCUUAUAGUGACUGGAUCUGCUGACUCCAACAUCACAGUGUGGAAGGAUGUCACAGAGGAGGAGCUAGCAGAGGAGCAGGCGAAGCAAGAGGAUCAGAUUCUGAAGCAGCAGGAGUUGUCCAAUCUGCUUCAUGAGAAGAACUUUUUGAAGGCUCUGGGCAUAGCCAUUUCACUGGAUCAACCUCAUACUGUGCUUCGAGUCAUCAAAGAAAUCCAGCAAGAGGAAGGGUCUGGACAGCAUCUGCAGAAAACCAUCCUUAGGCUAAGGCAGGACCAGAAAGAGUCUCUGCUGCGAUACUGUGUGGUGUGGAACACAAAUGCACGGAGCUGUCUGAGUGCCCAGGCAGUGUUACAGGUUUUGCUGACUCACCUGAGCCCAGACGACCUGCUGCAGUUCCAGGGAGCGCGCGCUCAUCUAGAGGGCCUCAUCCCUUACACUGAGAGACACAUGCAGAGGAUCGGCCGUCUGCUCCAGGCCUCCAUGUUCUUGGAUUACAUGUGGCAGAAGAUGCGAGUGACGGGAAGCAAAGACAGUGGGGAACUGCAGGGAGAGGAGAUGGACACCAGUCCUCACGACAUAUUCAUUCUUGACCAGAAGCCAGGGCAGGAGAAACCGGGUAGACACCGGGAGAACGUCGAUGAUGGUGAUGUGGAGGAAGUAGACAGUAGUGAAGAAAACUCGGAGGACAAUGACAGUGUCAGUGCCAUGAAAGGUGUCAGCACCAAUGAAAGGGGGACGAAUGGGGUCAAAAACAGGGGUCAUGUAUCCAGUGAUGAGAGCUCAGAUGAUGAUGAUGAUGAUGAUGAUGAUGAUGUGGACAUUUCCACAGUUGCUCCUGCCAAGGCUGCAGUGGCCACAUCCUGUAUUCUGACCAAUACAAGUUGAUCAUUCUGAUCACUAAGGUAUAAAAAUGUCACGUUCUCUGUAUACAGUACUGAAUGGUGUGGCUGUGUUGAACGAGAGCAAGCAGGAACCAGGUCUCUCCGUCGACAGCUAGUAUUAAGCAGUAUGUCGUCUAAUUGUAUGUACUACUAUUAAAGGACAUGCUUUACCUUUUUUAUAUCAUGAUCCAAAUAGAAAAAAUAAUAUUAAUAACUUGUGCCCUUUGUUGUCAGUCAUUGAGGAUUUAAAAUAAAUUCACUGGUUUAAGAAGG